AUGGCAAGCCAGGAGAACGGCAUCCCGCGGGAAGAGCAGGGGGCAUCUGAGCACGGCAGACCCGAGCCAGCCUGCCAGGAGGCUCAGAAAUGGAUAGAGGCUGUUACUGGGAAAAGCUUUGGAGACAGAGACUUCCGCAGCGCGCUGGAGAACGGCAUCCUGUUAUGCGAGCUGCUGAGUGCAAUAAAGCCAGGGGCGGUCAAGAAGAUCAACCGGCUGCCCACCCCCAUCGCAGGGCUGGACAACCUGACAGUGUUCCUGCGAGGCUGUGAGGAGCUGGGACUGAAGGGAGCGCAGCUGUUUGACCCCGGAGACCUGCAGGACACUUCCAUACGAGCCAACCUCAAGGAUUCAGACUGCACACGCAAACUGAAAAACGUGCUGAACACAGUGUUCUGGCUGGGGAAAGCUGCCAGCGCCUGCACACCCUACACUGGGCCCACGUUGAACCACAAGGAGUUUGAGGAGCUACUGGCUCACAUGAAGCUGGAGAGUGAGGAGUCGGGAGACAGCUCCCAGAAGCGCAGUGUUCGGGACAGUGGCUAUGACUGCUGGGACUCAGAGAGGAGCGACUCCCUGUCCCCUCCACGCCACACCAGAGACAAUUCCCUGGACAGUUUGGACUCCUUUGGCUCGCGCUCGCAGCACACCCCCUCUCCUGACGUGGUGAACAGAGGCAACAGCGAUGGGCGGGGCAGCGACCCUGAGGCCGACGGCAGGAGAGCAGACGUGCGCAAAGACGACAUGCUGGCCCGGCGCACCGCGGCCAGUGACACGCGCUCCUCUGUGCCCUUCAACCAGUUCCUCCCCAACCGCGCCAACAGCUCUGCUUACGUCCCGGGACCUCGCCGCAAGCAGCCCACGGAGGAGGGCGAGCAGCGGAGUAAAACAAAUCUAGAACAUGGGGAAAAACCCAGAUUGCAUUUCAGAAGCCCCAAGUGCGUCACAUGGGCACCAGAUAACGGCUAUAGCCAAAAAGAGCAACCGAUUUUGGAGGAUGAUGAAGCAGAGAGCCGGGAGGCGGUGGAGCAAAGGAAGAUGGAGAGAUUGGAGAAAGCGGGGGUGAAGGUGUUGCCUGCUGCUGCCCCGUUGUGCAGCCCUGGACCCAGAGAGGAGCCCGAGGUGCGCGGCUCCUCCCCAACCAUCAUCCUGCGCCGGGACAAUGACUUCUUACGCAGUCAGAAGGCGGCCUGGGACUGCUCUUCAGACGGAGAGGAGGUGGAGGUGCAGAAGAUUCCCGACGUGCGCAAGGACGACCUGGCCUCGCGCAGGGCUGCCCAUAGAGCCGCACCCAGGCGCCAGCAGUUCGUGCCCUCUGCGUGCAGCGACAAGGACCUGCAACGCUGGGAGGGCAUCAGGCGCGCCUCACAGCACAGUCUGCAGGAGAGGGAGGCCAGUGACAGAGACGUGAUCCCUGACAUCAUCACCCGCAGAGAAAACCCCUUCCUAAAGUCCUCCCCUCGGAAUGAGCAAGAGGAAGGCGAGGUCGGCGCUGAUGAAGAAGGAGAGGAGGAGGAAGGGAAAACUGUGCCAAACAUACAGAAGGACGACCUGGCCUUAAGGCGGGCUCAGAGCAGGCCCCCACCACUGCAGCGGGACGGACCAAAGAGCUUUGCCUCUGUGCCCAUGAGCCAGGCCGACAUGGAGAAGUGGGAGAGGCUCAAGAUGACGGAUCCGAGUGAGGAGAGCCCAGUGUGCCAGGCUUGUCUGGAGAAAACCGGACGUUCAAAGGCCGGGAAGGGUCAUGGCAAAGUGGUGACCUUUGGGGCUGUGACUGAGAUGGAGCAGCCAGUAGACACAAGUGAAGGGGAGGAGACCCACGCGCUAAGGCGGCUUUUGCCCACAGCGGCAGUGCCCAUGCCGACUAUAGGCCCUGGCUCCCGGCUCUCUGAGCGGGAACACAGCCUGUCAGACAUCCCCGACCUGAACCAGACCCCAGUCCCCUCGGCCCCUGAGGACAGACUUUCCCCCGCAGAGGUGGACGCCCGCCUCGCUCAGUACAUGAGCAGAACUGAAGAAGAGGAGGAGGAGGAAGACGAGGAGAGAAUCCCCGAUCUGGAGAAGGAUGACAUGAUGGCGAGGCGGACCCGUGCUUUCCAUAAACAAAGUAGCUCCACUAAAGUUUAUCACAGCAGGUUUCUGCCAAUGCCCGGAACCAAGCACAACACACCAGAUGCUACUGAGCAUUUCCCAUGGAGUAAAAAGGAAGCGGACGGAGGCAAGCACUCAAGAACCGAGCAAAUCAAAAGCGCUAUAUUGCAACCAGUCGAAAUGGUCAAAACGACUUCUCCGUACGAAGAGGAGAGCCAGGAGAGUGAGGAGAGCCUCUGUAAGGACGACAUGAUGGCCCGACGCACCGGAGCAAGCCUAAAGUCCACCGGAAGCAAUGCCAACCGGUUUUUGCCCGUGCCCGGAUCGGUCAAGUAUAACAGCAAUGCUCCAAAACAGAGUCGAGCCACAAGCGUUGACAAAGCAGCAGUUGAAAGCAGCGUUGCUUCUGUCGCCGUGGAAACUCAGAUCCCGUCCUUUGACUUCCAACCUAGGAAAGAGCGUGCUCUGGUGCGAGAAAGGCCCGAGUCUGAGGAGAAGGACUGUGUUAAACUGGCUCUAGACCAGGAAGUACAUAGCUCCCAGACUGUCUCCUCACGCUUGUACACUGUGAGCCCUCCCGCUGCCCCCCGGGAGUGUGCCAAUGCGGGGGAGGAGCGGGGCAAAGUCACGGCCCAGGAGAGGGUGCAGGAGUUGGGCUCACAAGCACCAAAGAGACCCUUCUGGCUGGAGGAUGAUGAUGAUGAGCUGCCUCCAAUCAUGACGAGUCGGCGAGUUGCUUUUAUAGCUGAGGACACAGAGAGCGCCAGCAUGAGUGACAUCCUGAACGAGGACGAGGUGGGACAGUUGCCACACAUCACCCCGUCCCGCUCUGAGCGCAUGCAGGAGCAGUACACCAGCUUCAAGGAGGACGAGAGCGAGUGGCAGGACGACUUGGCUCGCUGGAAGAACCGAAGGCGCAGUGCAUCUCAGGACCUGAUCAAGAAAGAGGAGGAGAGGAAGAUGAUCGAGAAAAAGAUGAAAGACGAAAGUGACAAACGGAAAAGCAUCAAAACUUACAAAGAGAUCAUUGAGGAAAAGGAGCGCAGAGAGGUGGAGCUGUGUGAGGCCUACAAGAACGCCGCCACCCCAGAGGAGGCGGCUCUGGUUCUGCAGAGAUACGCGCUGAGGUUUACCAUCAGCGACGCCACACUGGACAGUCUGAAAGUGCCCCGGGCCGUGGUCUCCGCCCCCAAUGUAGAGCCAGAGCUGAAGCCCUCAUCAACUGCGAAAGACUCAGUAGCAGCAGAGCAGCACCAAACUAUAAUCAAAACAGACUACGCACAACCAGAAAACGCACCGGAAAAUAGUCUCGACAUCUCGUCCAUGCCCACUCCGCCCCUCAGUCCGGUGAAGACCCCAGAACAUGUGCCGCCAGUGUCCUCGGAGCAACCAGCGAUUAAACCACGGCUUUUACAGUCGCAGGUCAACGUUUCUUCGGGCCCUUUAACGGUGCAGCACCCCCCCAUACACCCGCUGCUGCCCUCCCCCCCGUCCCGACCGGUGCCCCUGCUCACAGCCAAACCCUGGAGCGCACAGUCUGGGCAUAAGUCGUUCAAGAUGGAUGGGCUUGUGAGAGUCAACGGCGACGCAUCCGAAGCCUCCUCAGCCCACACCCCUCCACUCUCCCCACUAAACUCUCCAAUGGGGAGUAAAGGCACACCCACCUCACCUGCCUCCCCCAUGCGCUCUCCAGUGGGGGGCAAAGACACACUCACCUCCCCCGCCUCCCCCAUUCGUUCUCCGGUGGGGGGCAGAGGCCCACCCACAUCACCCGCCUCCCCCAUUCGCUCUCCAAUGGUGGAAAAAUGCACACCCACAUCACCCGCCUCCCCCAUGCGCUCUUCGGUGGGGGGUAAAGGCACACCCACCUCACCCGCCUCCCCCAUGCGCCCUCCAGUGGUGGACAAAGGCACACCCAUAUCACCCGCCUCACCUGCCUCCCCCAUGCGCUCUCCGGUGGGGGGCAAAGGCACACCCGCCUCACCUGCCUCCAUCCUGAAGCCCAGCAAAGAGCCACCCCCACGAGAACCUACUGCGGAGACACUGGCGCCCUUCAAACCUUCGCAGCCUCCCCCUCCACCGCACACAGAGAGGCCCACGUCUGCCACCAGCUCGGCCAUCAGCUCUCUGAUCGGGGGCAGGAACUGUGUCAUCACCACUACCAUCGUCACGGAGCUCACACACGUGGAGUCGGUCACGCCGGAGCAGCGCACUAACGGACAGGUAAAUGGUACAUCAGCUGUCCCUCAGGAGACGGUGGACGAACAGAGGAGUCCUGUUUUACCGUCCCCUAUAAACAGCGUCUCAGACUUCUACCCCAGCACCACCGACGGAAUGGAAGACGGCAGCGUAUCCACUGAGACCCCCAUGUUGAACUUGGCUAAGCGUGUAAAUCACUGGGUGUGGGACCCCAAUGAGGAGCGCAAGAGACUGGAGAGGUGGCAACAGGAGCAAGAGCGCCUCCUACAGGAGCAGUAUGAGAAGGAGCAGGAGAAGCUGAAGCAGGAGUGGGAGCGAGCGCAGCUGGAGGUGGAGGAAGAAGAGAGGAAACACAACGAAGAGGAGAGACGCAUUCUGGAGGAAACGGUGUCUCCGCUCAAUCCCACUGCGGUCCUGAGCCCGCCCCCUCCACAGACCAGAGCAGUAUCGCCCACAGAAGCAGCCAGGGCCAAGAGCGGCUCCGUUCCCCCACAACACAACGGCCACAAAGCCUCCUUAGGGAGCGAGGGCCAGCACGCCUCAAAACUACACUUCUUCCAAGACACGACAUGUGAUGUAGAAGCCUCCAGAAAACAAGAGCUUGUGAAGACAGAAUCUCUGGACUACUGCCCUCAACCCAAGCAGCCUCUGAACGUGAAGAGGUCCGGAUCACAUGACACAGCCGUAGGGCGUCAGCAGUCUCAUCCACCAGCCCAUCCCCCAUCACCAAGCAGAUGUGUGAGUGGCAAAAGACUUUGUUCGGGUUGUUCUCAGCCUCUGGGAAAAGGAGCUGCCAUGAUUAUUGACACGCUUGGACUGUUUUUCCAUAUGCAGUGCUUUAAGUGUGGGGUCUGCGAUGGGCAGCUGGGGAAUACCACUGCAGGCACAGACGUCCGGAUCCGUAAUGGAAGCCUCAGUUGUCACGAGUGCUACAUCGCUUCUCGAGGGAGAGGUCAGCCCACAACUCUAUGA